GCCGGCUGAAGUCUGAAGUUAGUGUUUGGAGUACGGUGAGAAGGAACGGUGGAGGAGGAGGAGGAAGUUGCAUUUCGUUCGAGCCCUCUGGUAGUGAGUUUAGGAGGUAUCGUCGUCACAGUUGCAACGGGAGUUUGGCGGGCAACGUAGCGACGAUUGGUUGGUCUUCCGUCUCGUAGUCGAUGGUCGCCGCAGUCAUCCGGCUGAGUAUCGGUUCGAGUUUUCCCAGGAAAACACUACUUCCCGCGGACCCAUUGUCCCCAACGCGUCGGCGAAGCCCAACGGAAGGAGGAUUCAUUGUGCAUAUACACCAGGCACCGGAGAUUUUUUAAAAAUGAGUUCGAGCGCUUGUUACAAAUGCAAUCGGAUGGGUCACUACGCACGGGAGUGUCCACAUGGUGGUGGUGGCGGUGGUAGAGGUGACCGUGGACGUGACCGAGAAGGUGGUUUCCCACGUGGUCGUGAUAAAUGCUACAAGUGCAACCAAUUUGGACACUUUGCGCGUGAAUGCAAAGAAGAUCAAGAUCUUUGCUAUCGUUGUAAUGGUGUUGGACACAUUGCAAAAGACUGCCAACAGGGGCCUGAGAUGAGCUGUUACAACUGCAACAAGACUGGUCAUAUUGCCCGCAGCUGCCCAGAAGGCGGUAAUGAUUCUGGACGUUUCGCGAUGCAGAGUUGCUACAAUUGCAAUAAAACAGGUCAUAUCGCUCGCAACUGCACUGAGGCUGGAGGAAAGACAUGCUAUAUCUGUGGCAAGACUGGUCACAUAAGCCGUGAAUGUGAUCAGGAUGAAAGGAAGUAGGAUAUAACUGGAAUCCGUGCCGCUCGCUUAACGAUAAGCCGUUUACCGUCGCGCGCGCUACUACCGGGAAUUGUAGCUAGGUAGGGAUAUACGAACGUAUGUUUCGUUGAUGCGUAUAAUCGCUACAAACGCAUUUCGUCAUAAUCGUUCGAAUUUCUAUCUCUCCAUGCCCAACUCCCGGAAGCCCAUUUUAUUCCUAGUUUCCUUCCCCUCUAUACAUCGUUGUUCUCUUCGCAAGGGUUUUUUCUUAUGAUGUCUUUGUUUUUAUUGCUGUUACACUACACCAUACAUGCGCGCGCGCGCACAAAGUACAUUUACACAUAGGACACAUCCAAGCAUUACAUGAAUACACACACUAUACGAUGUAAUAAUAUUAUAAACAUUCGAUUGAAUUAGAGUAGAGACAUGAAUCCUCUGUCCCUUGACCUUCAAACUAUCUCGUACGCGCAUUGUUUUGUGAUGCAAGAUGUAUGGAUUCUUCAUAUACUUUAUAAAAAUUUUGUAAGGUCAUCAUUUAUGACAUAUUUUGUCAGCUCGACUGACAGUACAUUACACUUGUUGGUGAUUCAUAUCGAAACUGGAAAGAUGAUCAAAUCGAAAGGAUAGUUAACAUUAUUUACGUAAGAGAGGGAUACGAUGAGUAUGAAAAAUCGAGACGCGAGUCAAACUCUGUUCCUUUCUCAAUCCACGCAUCUUGUAUCCGGUCCUCCCUCUCGAACUCUCUAGCAACUCGAGAAAAAACAAUUCAGAAUUAAUGGGAAAGGAAAUGAACAUGCCGGCCCUGAAUACAUAUAAAUAAAGUUUAGUAACGCCAAUUUUUUAUGUGUAAGGAUGUAAUGAGGAUCGUUGAACCAUUAUCUCAUAACAAACCUAGUUUCGAACGUCAACAAGAACUGCACAAUUGUAGGAUUAUCAGUGUUUACGAGUUUAUAUACAACUAUACUUGAAAUAUUAUUUUAGAUUCUGAUAAACUAGGACAAAAUAAGUAUGCUUUGUAUGUCAGAUUCUUUAAGUGAAAAUGAAUGCAAGCACCGGUAUGAUCGUCAUCGCAACGUAUAUAUGUAUAUAUACAUAUAAACACAGAAGUCUAUACAAGUUUGCACAUUUUGUACGUAAAAAUAUAAUCGUUAUACCGAGAGUCACCAUUGUUCAUAUUGUCAGUGAUUGUUGCGAACUUUGAAGAAUGCAGUUGCAUUUCACCUUACUAUAUCCUUACAUAUGCUGAAAUAUUUCGUUACUAGGUAUAUGUAUAUGUAUAUAUAUGCACAUAUGUGUAUACAUAUAUACAUACGUAUGUGCAGGAGCUGUAUUUUGUACUGUAAAAAGCUAGAUAUACUCUGGUCGUUGCUGGUGAUUAAUUCCAAUUAUUCUUUUAUUUAUACAUCGCAGAAAAAAGAUUAUAUUUUCAUGUAUGAAGUAUGGCACUAAUCUUUUUUUUAUAAGUUGUCGAACGAACGAAAUUUUUUAGAUUCGAUUUAUCUAGUAUUUUUUGUUAAACGGUUGUUAAAAAUCAUGAAAUGAUGAAAAAAACAAAAGUGAAUUUAAAGGACUAGAAUACUCGUCUUCGAACACUGAACUAGGAGAAAUCAAUAGGUUACUACAAGUACAAAGAUACUAAAGAAUUUUCUUAAAAAGAGAGAGAGAACAUAUAAGUCUAAUAGGAAGCAAAAUAGACUACAGAAAAUUUUAUGGUCACUUUGCGUUUAUAAACAUGAGCAAUGUUGGAGUAUAAAUUAAUCCAAGUCCUGAUACUUUGUGAUUCGUUCCGACGAACGAGUGAUUAAAUUUGAAUUAACGAGAUCUUGAUUCGAUCUAGAUAGAUCCAGCGUGAACGCGUCGUUAUGUAUGUGUUGAUGAUCCACGUAGUACACUCGAUACCGAUACUUUUGCCAGCAGCGACAAUGUGUAUUACUGUUCAGAAGCCAGGCGUGCCUGACUCGGUGGAACUGAAACGCCAUGUGCGUUAUAUUGUGUAGUACAGGUGUCCUGCAACAAUUUUAUACACUUAACUGUUCGGGACUUAAACCGAUCUCAUACAUGGUUUUGGUAGUAGUAAUCAGUGCGUUAGUGCGUCUGACGAGAUUUGGAGGAUCAAAAAUUGUAUUUCGCUAAUGGACCGUAACCUUUGGUGCUCUCAUUGGAUGUGUAAUUUGAAGAAAAGCUCGAGAAUCCGUGUAAACAUUUUCCUUUGUUUCUUUGACUAAUAUGUUGUACAGUUUGAACAUACAUAUACACGGAUGUAUGAUGUAUCGUGCAAAAACGAUGUCUUACUAUGUAGGGUAUCGAAGGGAAAAACAUACUUGGAAUUAUACGAUUUAGGUAUGGGGUUCAUUGGUGGCACCGGAGGUUCAGAUGAGCAUAAAAAAUGAGUGCGAUAGGGCACCUGCGCUUUUGUCUCUGCUACAAGACUUACGUACGAAUAUUGUAAAGAAUACGACUGUUACAGUGUAUGAACUAAUUCGAUCGGUGCAUGACCGAUCACAGCUCGACUUAUAUUAAUCUAUUAAUACUUAAAGGAAGAAGAUGAAGAGGAUGAAGAGGAAAAAUAAGCUACAAAGUAAUAAAGGAUUGCGGAGUAUUUGAAGUUAUGUUUUUAAACUGAAUUUUUGAAAUAGAAUGUGUACGGAGAGGCAAAAACGAGGUCUUGUUUUUUUUCUGUUCCCCACAUGCUUAUCUAUUACUGGCAUCUACGAAUAAGGAGGUGUACGAUAUAAGAUACUUCAUAUGUAUUAUUUAUAUUUCAGUUGGAAAAGAAGGUCGAUUAUUAAUAAAAUGUAAAUGUAUGCUUUC